UGAGAAGUUGAAAUGUUAGUACAACAAAUGUUAGGUACCAGAAAAUGUUUUUAGCCUUUUAAAACCCCCAAACCAAUUUCAAAGCCCACCAGAUGCCAUAAAACACACUCCAUCACCACACCAACAGAGUGAGAGAAGCAAACCAAACCGAAGGGAGAGAAAGAGCACCAGAAGGUAGAAGAAGACACACACAACACCAAUCAGCUUAUCUUCAACCCUAGCAACACCAACAAUGGACCACCCCAAUUCCCAAAUCUCAGAGAACCCAGAAUCACCAGAGGAGCAACAGCAACAGCAACAAAACCCACUAGCACUCAUCCAUUCUUCUUCUUCCCCAUUUGCCACUGCCUCACUCUCACUCUCCCUGGCCUCAAUCCUCCCCAUCCACUUCUUCCAACAACCCAAAGUCUCCACCCUCUUCUCCUCCUCCCACCAACCCACCAAGGCCAAAAUCCCAACCCAAGCCUCCUCCCUCUCCCACCUCUCCCUCUCCGCCACCGCCCCCGCCCCCUCCAAGCUUUCCUUCAACUCCACCAUCUCAGCCAACCCCCUCCAAAGCCCCCUCACUCUCGGCCCCCGCCGCCCCCUCGACCCCAACAACGGCGCCGGUCUCCGUCGAGCAUCCAUCGUUUGGUUCCGCAACGACCUCCGUGUCCAAGACAAUGAAUGCCUCAACUCCGCCCACAACGAGUCCAUGUCCGUCCUGCCUGUUUUCUGCUUCGACCCGCGAGAUUUCGGGAAGUCAUCUUCCGGGUUCGACAAGACCGGCCCUUACCGGGCCCAGUUCCUCGUCGAGUCCGUCUCCGAUUUGAGAAAGAAUCUCCAGGCCAGAGGCUCCGAUCUGGUUGUCAGAAUCGGGAAGCCCGAGACGGUCCUGGCUGAGCUGGCCAAGGCUAUUGGAGCUGACGCAAUAUACGCCCACAGGGAGGUGAGUCAUGAUGAGGUCAAGUCGGAGGAGAGGAUUGAGUCUGCGAUGAAGGAGGAGAAUGUGGAGGUUAAGUACUUCUGGGGAAGCACUUUGUAUCAUAUGGACGACUUGCCAUUUAAGCUGGAGGAUAUGCCCACGAACUAUGGAGGGUUUAGGGAGAAGGUGAAGGGGUUGGAGGUGAGGAAGACCAUUGAGGCUUUGGAGCAGAUGAAGGGCUUGCCGUCUCGAGGCGAUGUUGAGCCUGGAGAUGUUCCUUCCUUGAUGGACUUGGGUCUCAACCCCUCUGCUUCCAUGGCUCAGGAUGGGAAGCCUUCUAUGGUGGGAGGAGAAGCUGAAGCCCUAGAGAAGCUUAAGAAGUUUGCAGCUGAGUGCCAAGCACAACCUCCCAAGGGGAGCAAAGAAGGAAGUCAGGAUAGCAUCUAUGGUGCAAAUUUUUCAUGCAAAAUCUCACCAUGGCUGGCCAUGGGUUGCCUCUCUCCCCGCAGUAUGUUUGAUGAGCUAAAGAAAACUGCUAGCAGAUCUGUCUCUGCAUCCUCAAACCCGGACGAUGGUGGCAGUGGAACAAACUGGUUAAUGUUUGAGUUAAUGUGGAGGGAUUUCUUCAGAUUUGUCACCAAGAAAUACAGUGCUGGAAAGAAACAGCUUGAUGCUGCUCCAGCAACAGCAUGCACGGGUGCACUUGCCUAAGCAAGAAUGUAGCUCGCUCGUUAAAAUGUUGAGAUAUCGAUUACUUUCAUCACCUUAUUUAAGUUUUCAAGAUGUAGUGGUUAGAUGUUGUAGGGUUCCUCUGAAAGAGUUGUUACAUGUUGAACUUUGUUUUCAUUGCCAAAUAAGAUGGUUGAAUAUGGUGUUUUGCCUCGUGCUUGAGAUGUGCCCUUGUCAGUCUUGUGAAUAACAGAUCCUCUUCUGCUCUGU